AUGGAGCAGUCGCUAUGCGCGAUCUUGCUCGGAGUGUUAGAUUUAAACGAGACGAACAACAGCGCCCGUCUAAUGCAGAUGAAUUCUGGCGGGAAAACUUUUCAAGAUGCUCGAAAAAGUUGCAUCCAAAAUAAUGGCGAUCUUUUGGGUAGGACUAUAAAGGAGUCGGCUGUUCAGGAAACUCUGGUCUCAAAAGCUGGGAUUGGAGUUACAAAGAUAUGGAUAGGACUGAGACAGAGGGAGACGGUAUACGAAUGGGUAGAUGAGAGAGAUCCCGCCCAGACUGAUACCUACUUCAAGAGUAAAAGCGACAAGUCUUUGAUAUACUAUGGUUCGAGAUCUGUGACUUUUUGUUGCUGUCGCCAGAGAAAUGUUCGUCACACGUCAGCAUAUGAAAGCCUAUGGAACGCCGUCGAUGCGAAUUUGAAAUGCGUCUCCUAUGAUGUAUCUUCGAAAAAGUUAGGAUCUUUGGACUGUGCUACGCCACUUCCAUUCGCCUGCUUAUAUCUUCCUCUGCCUCAAGGCGAAAUAACGACAGAAUCCCCCUCUGGCUUGCUAUCAAAGGACACGGCCUCAGAUAGUUUGGAAGGCAAGAAGACUCUUCUCUACAUUGUUCUUCCUCUCUUUCUGCUUGGCUAUGGGGGAGCUUGCAUUCUCUACUGUGUGCACAAGAUAAUUAGGCACUGUUGUAAGAAGGGAGCACACGCAAAACUGCCCACAUCUUCCAGACCGCUUAGUGCCAGAAAGGGCGUCGUUUACCCAAUUCCCGUGAUGACCGAGCCACUACCCGCCAAGUACCCUGCAGCACCCGUCCCUCCAUCCUACUCCAUCAAUGAUGCUCCAGCCUCCGCUAGACAAGUUCAGGCCGAACUGACCGACCAAGACAGAAAGAAAGCUCUCCUACUUGAAAACGCCGCAAGGGAAGCUAGAGAAAGAAGACAAAAAGAAUUAGAGCAGGGUAGGUUGGGCAGAAUUUUUAGUGGCCAGAAAAAACCCCAGGAUCCACAAAUGGCGGAUGAAGACAGACCCGAAAGUGCAAGGUCAACUUCGAAACUGCUCCCAGUGCCCCUGGCAAGUAGAGAGGCCUCAGCACCCCCUGUCCAGCAGAAGCAGCCACAAGCGGCUGCGACGCCACAGCAGUCGCCUCAACAACCGCAGACGUCCGAUCCUCAAAACAUGGCCGGGAUGUCCAUUAAUGAAAUUUUGAGGAAUAAGAUGGCCCAGCAGGCUAACAAGAAGAAACCGAAAAAGAUUCUGGCGGCUUGA